AUGACCGGGAAGUUGGAACCAAGAUCUAAAGUAUGUUUAUUUGUUGGAUACUCUAGAGGCACUAGUGGAGGCUACUUCUAUAGUCUGAAAGAAAAGAAAAUAUUUGUAUCGAUAAAUGCAACUUUUUUGGAAGAAGACUAUAUAAGGGACUUCGAACCUCGAAGUAAGGUUGUACUCCAGGAGUUACUUGGUGAUAAGAUCACACCACAACCGAAUUUAGAAGUUGGAACAAAACAUACCACAAUUCUAAAACAGGCUACUACAGUAGUCCGUGGUAGUGGGAGAGUUGUAAGACAACUUGUUCGUUACACGGGAUUCAGAGAAGCACAAGUUGCAAUAUCUGAUUACAAUGUUGAAGACCCGUUGACUUUCAAUCAAGCGAUGAAUGAUCCUGAUAAGGAACAAUGUCUUGAAGCUAUGAAACUCGAGAUAGAAUUGAUGUACUCCAAUUCAGUCUGGGAACUUGAUGAUCCACCUCAAGAUGUAAAACUCAUUGGGUACCAGUCAAAUCUAGGAUUCGAUCACUGGACACCAGUCAAACACAUUCUCAAGUAUCUUAGGAGAAUGAUAAACUAUAUGCUAGAAUAUUCUAGAGAGAGUUUGAUUCCAAUCAGAUAUACAGAUUCUGACUUCGAAUCCAACAAAGAUUCUCAGAAAUCUACGUCUGUAUCUAUUUUCACACAUAGAGUUGGAGCAAUUAUAUGGAGGAGUAUAAAGCAAGCUUGCAUUGCUGACUCCACCAUGGAAGCCAAAUAUGUAGUUGCAAGCAAAGCAAUGAAGGAGGAUGUAUGGCUUAGGAAGUUUUUGGGUGAUCUGGAAAUUUUUCUAGACAAGGAUAAACAAAUUGUACUCUACUGUGACAACAACGGAGCAGUUGCCAACACAAGAGAAUAG